AUGUUGCAGGGGAGGCGAGCGCUUGUUGUCGGCGUGGCUAACGCGCGUUCUAUAGCCUGGGGGAUUGCGGAUCGUUGGAGGCAAGAAGGGGCAGAGGUCUUCGUCACCUAUCAGAGUGAGCGGUUUCGCAAGCCCGUGGAGAAGCUCGUGGCAGACAGCUGGGGGCCUUUCGACACAGCAGGCAAUGCCAUACCCGCAGCGGCGUGCGACGUGACCAGCGAAGAGGACAUGGCAGCGCUUUGGCGAACACUGCAGGACAGGGGUUUCUGCUACAGCAGCCCCUCCUCGCCCCUGGAGGGGGGCAGGUGUUCCAAGGCAACGGAUGAGGGAACCGAGGCGGCCCCACGGGCAGCGCCGGAAGCGAGGAGUCGGGGAGGGGGCGGCGUCGGGGCAUCGGCAGCAUCGGGAGCGAAGACUGGUGCGGCAGAGCAAGCUCCGGGAGGGUCUGCUACCACUAGCAAUAGCGGCAGCAGGGGGGCCGAGGGGGAGGGGCAGGGCAGCGGCCUGAGGUUACAACGGCAAGGGUUGCCGGUAGGGAGCGGGGUUGCGGCGCCGAGGAAAACGGUCGACAUCGUUCUUCACUCCGUCGCUCAUGCCCCUACGGACGCCAUGCGGCAAGGGUUUCUCAUGGGAACCACGAGAGAGGCAUUCGUGUCCGCACACGUAGUCUCCGCGUACAGCCUGGUGUCCUCGGUUCGACACGCGCUGCCCUUCCUCUCCCCCGGCGCCAGCGUGGUCGCUCUGACUUACAUCGGUUCGCAGAGGGCGGCCGCAAACUACAACGUGAUGGGACCCGCCAAGGCCUCCCUGGAGAGCUGCGCGCGCGCCCUCGCCGCGGAGCUAGGGGGGGACACGACCAGCCAGGGGCCCGGGGGGGUACGAGUGAAUUGCCUCAGUCCCGGCCCGGUGCGGACCAUGGCGGCCCGCGGGAUCGCGGGUUUCGACCAGAUGAGGCGGGAGGCCGCCGGGAGAGCGCCGCUGGGGCGGGCCGCCGAGAUCGACGAGAUCGCGGCGGCGGCGACUUUUCUGGCGUCGCCCUUGUCGUCGGCGGUGACGGGGCAGACUCUCUACGCGGACUGCGGCUUCAGCGCGGUCGUGUAGUAGCGCGCGGCGCGGAAUAUUUGUGUGCGACGCUCAAGAGGCACCGACGUUGUAUCUGCCUAUUUUUUCGAGCGGAGGAUGAGGGGCGUGUACACGCAUGCCGUCCAGUGACCUCGCAUGUAGAAACGGAGGGGGGUAAUUUCUCGAUCGC